AACACUCCUGGCUUCGGCUGCAUCGGAGGAGGAGGAGGUGGCUGCUUGCGCUCGCCCUCCCUCCUUCCCUCCAUCCAUCCAUCCCUUCAUCCAUCCCUACAUCCCUCCCCCUUGCCUUUGCCACGCACAGCCCCCCCUGAGCCCCGCAGCACCCCGGGGAACCCAUCAUCCCCAGGGCGCUCAGCAGCUCGCCAUCUACCCUACCGGGGCCUUCAGCCUCUGCUCCUUUCCUCCUCCUCCUCCUCCUCCUCCCGCAACCACCACCCUCCUCCCUCCCUCGCUCCCUCCCCAGGGCCUGGCUGCCAUGGAGGUGCGGGCCGCGGGGAACCGAAUGCUUCGUGCCGCUGCUGCCGCCCCCCCGAGCCGCAGCCCCCCUGCCCCGCAUCCCUCCCAACCCACAAAGCCCUGAGCCGCCCGGCAGCCGCCUCCUUUGUGCUCACCGGAGCGGGUGUGCCCUGCUUCUUGUCCCCCCCCCAACCCCGCUCGCCCUCCUGUUCCCCCCCCCCCCCCCCCGUUCGGCGGUGAGGAAGCGGGAGCGAUGCUGCCCUCGCCCACCGAGCCUGCAGCGGGAGGUCGGCGGCCAGAAGCAGUGCCUGGCACCAGCCGAUGCUGACACCCCUCCCUAGAACUUCUGGACCCCCAAAUUCCACUCCAGGGCUCUCGUUCGGCCAUGCCCCAGCAGAGCUGCAGCCCCACCGCCUGGGGCUCCCCAACCCAUCCCAUGUGCCACCAGCCCAUGCUUCCCGUGCCAUGAGCGGGGGCGGGCGGUUCCCCUGCGCCGGGGCAUAUAGCUGAGGGAUGGCCUCGCUGGACUUGCCCUACCGGUGCCCGCGGUGCGGGGAGCACAAGCGCUUCCGCAGCCUCUCCUCGCUGCGGGCGCACCUGGAGUACAACCACACCUAUGAGACCCUCUACGUCCUCUCCAAGACCAACAGCAUCUGCGAUGCCGCCGUCUUCCCCUUGGCCGCCGACGGGGCGCUGCUGACGCCGGCCGCCCGACGGGACUAUUUUGAGAGCACCUCCUUCCAAGGCAAGGACCAGCGCUUCUCCUGCGACCUGGUCCCCGCCGAGGAGCUGGAGCCGGCCCCCUCCUCCUCCCCCUCUCCCCGUUAUGUCCACGAGAUUGAGAUCCCUCUGACCGAAAUCUUCACCCGGGGCAAAGCCGUGGCACCGGCGCCCACGCCGCCCGCCGCUGUGGAUGCUGCCUACGAGGAAGGCUUGGCCCGCCUGAAGAUCCGUGCCUUUGAGAAGCUGGAAGUGGACAAGCGGCUGGAGAAGCUGACGGAGGAAGUGGAGCAGAAGAUUGCCUCGCAGGUUGGUCGGCUCCAGGUGGAGCUGGACCGCAAGAGCUCAGAGCUGGAGAAGGCCAAGCAGGAGAGCCUGAGGCUCAGCAGAGAGAAGCAGGAGCUGGAGGACCGUGCGUCUGAGCUGUCCCGCCAGGUGGACGUCAGCGUGGAGAUGCUGGCCUCCCUCAAGCAGGACCUGGUGCAGAAGGAGCAGGAGCUCACCCGCAAGCAACAGGAGGUGCUGCAGAUCGACCAGUUCCUGAAGGAGACAGCUGCCCGCGAGGCUAACGCCAAGGUUCGCCUCCAGCACUUCAUUGAGGAGCUGCUGGACCGGGCGGACCGGGCCGAGAAGCAGCUUCAGAUCAUCAGCAGCAGUUGUGGCACCACCCCAAACGGCAGCCUGGGACGAUGUGGCACACCAGGGGCCAAGGCCAUCGGCCGACCGGUACCUGCGCGGGCACAGAGAGACCGGCACCCAGGGCCGGGGCUGGCCAUACAUGGUCCUUACGUCGUGUCCAACCAGCGCUCCUCCUCCAGCACCGGGGCCUCGAGCCGCGCGAAAGCCGUGUCACAGAGCUCAGGCUGCUACGACAGCGACAGCGCAGAGCCGUGCCCCACCGAUGACACCGCCGAUGGACAUCCCUACCAGGCUCGGGACGGUGCCCGCGGCUCGGGGCUGCGCCGCCAAGCCAUCCAAAACUGGCAUCGCCGGCCCUACCGCAACAGCACCGAGGGGGAGGAGGGCGAUGUCUCCGACGUGGGGUCCCGCACCACCGAGUCAGAAGCGGAGGGCUGGGAACUGGAGGCUCCUGGAUCUGCUGCGUCCCGCCCCAGCGGCAGCUGUCGGCUGACGGUGGCAACUGAUGGUAGGUGUCCCGCAGCCAGGACCGAGGCUGCUGGGGGCAAGGUGUGCCGGCUGGAGAGGGGCAGCCCAGGCCACUCCAGCGAGGUGAUCAGCCCCGAGAUCCUCAAGAUGCGGGCAGCUCUCUUCUGCAUCUUCACCUACCUGGACACCAAGACCCUGCUGCGGGCGGCCGAGGUGUGCAAGGACUGGAAGUUCGUGGCCCGGCACCCGGCCGUGUGGACACGGGUGCUGCUGGAGAACGCCAGGGUGUCCUCCAAGUUCCUGGCUAUGCUGUCUCAGUGGUGCACCCAAAUGCACUCCCUCACUCUCCAAAACCUCAAGCCACGCCAGCGAGGGAAGAAGGAGAGCAAGGAGGACUACAUGAAGAGCACACGGGGCUGCCUGGAAGCUGGGCUGGAGUCCCUGCUGAAGGCGACGGGCAGCAACCUGCUCAUCCUGCGCAUCUCGCACUGCCCCAACGUGCUGACGGAUCGCUCCCUCUGGCUGGCCAGCUGCUACUGCCGGGCCCUGCAGGCUGUCACCUACCGGAGCUCUACAGACCCUGUGGGUCAUGAAGUCAUCUGGGCCCUCGGAGCAGGAUGCAGGGACAUCAUCUCCCUUCAGGUUGCACCUCUGCAUCCAUGCCAGCAGCCGACGCGCUUCAGCAACCGCUGCCUCCAGAUGAUCGGGCGCUGCUGGCCACACCUGCGGGCUCUGGGCGUCGGAGGGGCAGGCUGCGGCAUCCAGGGACUGGCCUCCUUAGCCCGGAACUGCAUGCGGCUCCAGGUGCUGGAGCUGGACCACGUGGCAGAGAUCAACCAGGAGGUUGCAGCAGAGGUGUGUCGAGAGGGGCUGAAGGGGCUGGAGAUGCUGGUGCUGACCUCCACGCCAGUCACCCCCAAAGCCCUGCUGCACUUCAACAGUGUGUGCCGGAACCUGAAGUCCAUCGUCGUGCAGGUGGGCAUUGUGGACUACUUUAAGGAGCCCCACAGCCCUGAGGCCAAGAAGAUGUUUGAAGAAAUGGUGAACAAACUCCAGGCCCUGAGGAAGAGACCUGGCUUCUCCAAGAUCUUACACAUCAAGGUGGAAGAAGGCUGUUAGACCUUCAGAGAAGCACAAAGCACAUUCCCUCCUCUGCCCAGCAGAGCCAAAGGCCCCAUGAAACCAAACCCAGCACCCAGCGCUCACCCCUUGCCAGACUCGGAGCUGGGUGGUGCCAGCCCACGCACAAGCCCCCAGACUCUUGCAGGCCUUAGUGACUGGGGGCCACACUCGUCCCUGGGGCCGCUGGUGGGCCAGAAGGUGCUACUUGAGGACAUUUUUUGGCUGCUUAAAGUGGCAGGGCUGUGCUCCUUCCCGGGAGGGAAGAUGGCUUCAGACCCCCUGCAGCUGCUUGUUGCCAAGGAUCCGUGUCUGGGGAAUGUCUUUCUCUUCAAACUCUCUUUCUGUGGGCUUUUCUUGGCCGUUUGAUGGUGUGGGAGAUGAAGAUGGCUCAACCCAUCCCCAUGGGCUCUCUGCAGAGCACUGGGCUUGGUGCUGCUUCAUCCCAGGUGGAACAUCUCCAUCCUACCCAUGAGCUGAUAGGGGUGGGAAGGAGCUGUUCCUCCAGAGUAAAUGGUGCCCAGAAUUCCUGCAGAGUUCUUGCUCCUGUUCACGUCACCCAAACCUGGGGCCAUGCUGUCCAGAAACCAGCAGCCACAACAGCACAAGCCCAGAUGGCAGAGCUGCAUCCAGAGGCUGUAGGAGCCAGAGGACACCAAAAGAGAUGGUUGCUCUUCCAGAGGUUUCCAGCCUCACCUCCUCUCCAACCAAACUUUCCUGCCAAGGCAAUAAAGCAUCUCCAAACUCCUCACCCACCAGGAAGCACGGGUCACACCUUUGUUACCACCAACACCCACCACACACUCAGGCUUCCUCCAUAGCGAGCUGUGCCUUGCAGAGAGAGAAACUGGCAUGGGACAUUCACAUUUGUCAUCUCAUUGCCAUCCCAAGCAGCCUCGAAGAGAAACCCUGGCCAGACUGUCCUGAAGUCCAAAGCUACUGGUGGAAGCACCAACCCAGCUGCUCUGGUAGAUCUCUUACCUGUAGCCAUCACUGGGGUUUUAAUUCUCCUUUAUGCUUCUGGCUGUCUUCUGCCUGCAAUGAUUACAUCACCAAAAAACUCUCCUUUUCCCAAAAGAAAUGGCUUUUGAAAGGCCUCUGGCAUCUGUCUCCACCCUUCAUCCUGAGGAGAAGGUGUCAGGAGGUGCCCAUGCCACAGGGGACACCCAUCGCAGCACUGCCAGCAGCAGGGAUACAUCAGCCUUAACCACAGCCCCCUGCACCUCCAGCCCCGACCAGGUAUGCUUGGACCCAAUGUGCUGAGCUGCAAGGAGCCAGAGGGGAGAGCAGAUUUUGGGUGCUUGUCCUCUUCUUUGGACGAUCACUGGAGAUUUUGGGGCCUGUUGGCCAUCGUGGCUGCAAGGACACAGUCCUUCCUGGGGCACCUCCCCAGCCUCCAGCCCUCCUGUGCUGAUGGGCUGCCAUGGAGCAUUCUGCCAGGAGGGAGAAGGCUGCAGCCCCAACAUGGUACCACCUUCCUCAUCUACAGCACAAGAGCAGACCUCAGCCAGGGGCUCCCAGCAUGCUGACAGCCCAUGGGGGCCUUGAUAGAAAAGAAGAUCAAUUCCAAGUGGCUGAAGCUGGUGGUGGGCUGGGGACAGCUCCUGGGUCUACAACCCCAGAAACCACCUCAGGAGACCAUUUCAUCUACUUCUCCCAUCUACACCAUCUCCUCUAAAACAGGGUAAGUUUCUUUGGCCAUAACCCCCUGCUGAAGCACCUCCCUUCCCCCACUGACCGCAGCUUUCCAGGAGAAGGCCGCUCCCUGUAUGCACAAAAGGCAGGAGCCCAAGAGAACACCUGCAAGAAACUACCAUGUCCCACCAUGGGCAGCACUGGAUGAGCUCCACAGCACCAGGGACAAGCUCCUUGCCAUGCAUUUACCUCCACCCUGGGGAGGCCAGGACAGGGAUAAUCCAGGGGCAAGAGGAGCAACAGAUGCCCCAACCAGCAAAAAAGAAAAACCCACCCAGCAACGUUCCAACCAUGGGAGGGGGCCCAGUGGAGAUGUCACCACUCAAAACAGUGCAGAGACUUGUGAAAUUCCCUUUAAAAUUAAACAAAGUAAGUAUUUAUUUCUAUAAAGAAGGAGGAAAAAAAAAAAAAGAGAGAGAGAGAUUUUAAAGGAAAAUUAUUUACUCAGCAUGUUUAUAGACUCUGUGCUUAAAGACUAUCAUCUUGGAGAGUCCUGUCUGAAGACUGAAGGUGGCUGCUCCAGGUUUGCUGCUAGCCCGUGCCUGGCUGCUCACUCAGCUCCUGCGGGCAGUGGAGAAGGCCAAGGCAGGGUGCUGGAAAGCAGGGGCGGAUGCUGAGGACUCUUGGAGAAGCCUCCUGUGCUUGCCAGUGGAGCCAGUGCCACCCGCAGCCACACCUGAUGGUGUUCCACCAUGGUGGUGUGGAGCACGGGUGGGUGUGGGAAGGUUUUGUGUGUCGUGGCAGGACAAUCUCACCUGAAUUCAAUGAUUUGGUGCAUCAAAGACCAGACCAAACAAGCCACCUCCCUUUGGGGCACUCCCAAAAAGUCCAGCUUGUGGCUUAGCAAAGCCACUUUCUUACCAAAACCUUGAGCAGCUUCAAGGAUUACAAGACCAGAAGUGGGAGAUUUUUUUUCCUGUUUUUCCUGAGCUUGGAUAGGUCCCUUCCUCCUCCUCAUCUGGAGGUGAAGGUGGCUGGCAGAGUGUCACUGGCUUGGUGUUAAUGAGAGCCCUGUGGGCCCCAAGCCCUCCUGGUGGCUCCUAAGUGCCCGAGUUGUUAAUGGUACUGACCUCAUUAACGGCUGUGGACUUUUCCCAUUAGAAUGUCAUGGUGAUGGUUCCCUGCUGCUGUCCCUCUCCAUCCCACAUGGCCCUGCUGCCUCCCUCAAGUACCUCCAGCACCACCCAGAUCCCUACAGGAUGCUGGAGGAGUUGCCACAUCAGUCGUGGGGGUUUCAAUCCUGUUUCCUCUGGCAGUGAUGGAGAGCUCAGAAAUGGCAAAUCCCUCAGGAAUGCCAUGAGAUCCUGCAGGGUGUUGGGGUGAGACAGGGAGAGGACUGCAGCAGUGUGAGCUCAAUCCCAUUCUAGACCCUAGAGAAGCCCCAGCAGGGCUCUGCGAUGACAAUCCCCAGGAGAAGCCAGGGUCUAUCCAUCCAGCCCAGCUGGAGAAGCCUUGGUGCAGGAUCAUGGUGAUGGCAGAUCUGGGUGGACAGUGACCCCAGCUCCUGCCAGACCUGGCUCCCAUGGGACCGUGUUUGGUCUUUUCUGUCUUUUCAUGGGCUGGAUUUUUCUCAUCAUUCAUCACCACAAGCCCUCAGGAGCCAGGGAUGCUCCAGGAACUGGAUGCCUUCUCCUGCCUUCAUCCCUCCACUCCCAGUUUGGUGGACCCUGGGGGGAUAAAGUCAAGAGGAAAAAGGGAAACCUUCCUAGAUGGCUCCAUCCAAGGUUUUUAAACUUCUUCAGCAAGCAAAAGUGGCAAAAAAAACAAUGUCCCAUCUCUUGCCAUGUGUCACAGUCCAAGCUGCCACUCAAGGCACAGCCAGGGCCAGGUCUUGUUUGGAUCCUCCACAAGGCUCCACAUUUGGUUAAAACAGAACACAAAGAAGACACAAAGUGUUGGUAAAGGCUCUUCAAGUGAUUGAACGUUUUCCCUCAGCUCUUAGAGGAGCCCACCCUAGGAGCUGGCACAUUGCUUCUGCCUCUCAUUUUGGGUUGAAAACCUGCGGGUUAGGGUGGAGUGAAAGUGUUUGGGAACUGGUGCCAAAUGACAAAAUGCUUUAAAAAGAAAGAAAGAAGAAAGCAAGCAGGGAACAGAGAGAUUUUAACACGUGGAGAUUGUUUGUUGUGAGCCAAGCACGGCAGGGUGGAAUUGCAGGACCCUCCCCAGCGGUGGGAGGCAAAACAAUCCCCGCGGUGGGCAGAAUGCUCCCUUCUGCCCUGAGGAGAACCUGCUGCACGGCGCUCCCUGGGCCUGCAGGAGUGAGGACAGGAGGGAAACUGACUCCCAAAAAAAACCAAAAACAAACCAGGAAAAAUGGGAUUUUCUGAUCCAGUCGUGGGAUUGAGCCCCGUGGAGGGGGCUGGGGCCGGGGACAAGCAGGUGCAAUGGUGUGAGAUAGCUGUUGGGAAGCGAGAAUCAGAGGAGGGAAGACGAACUUCCCAUCAGCGAGGUCGUUUCCCUGAAGCGCUUCCUUGCGGCAGCGCUGGCUCCAGCCCCAGUGAGCCACCUCCGAGGGACCCUGGACAGCGACCUCCUCCCCCCCCUCCCCGGGAAGGCAGCGACGUUGCCUCCCGAGUUAUUUUUUUAAGCCUCUAAAUUUAGGUCUAUUUUAGUCUCUUGCAGCGAUGUGCCAGUGUCUGGAGAACCAAACCACCCUUGUCCCCUACCCGUCCCACGGUUCCUUGAUGCUAAACCGGCUCCUCGAUGCCGGGUGCUGCCCCGGAGGGGGAGUGGCAGGGAUUGGGGUGUGGCAGAGGCUGCGGGGGUCAGGGUGGUGGUGUGGGCAGCAGGGUCCAACAGCAGGCGGAGCGAGCGGGCGCUGGGCAGCUGCUGCCCGCCCCAGGCCGUGGUUUUAGCACUUUGGUUGGUACUGUCACCUGUAGACGCACUUUGAUGUUGUUGCUUCGACCCUUUGCCGAGUGUAAACAAUGUGUAUUUAAAGAGUAACAACCCCCAAGCCCAGACCCGUGUGUAAAGGAGCUAUUUUAUGAUUCAGUGUUGAAUAAAGACUCUUGAGAUUGA